AGUUUUAUUUCAGUCCAUUUUCAGGCGCGUUGGUAAAACGUGAUAGUUGUUUUGUAAAAUUUAUUAUUAGCAUAAAACAUAAAUACCACACGAAAAAUACUUCACUAUGGCAUAUAAAGGUGGUCAAAAGGUCCAGAAGGUUAUGGUGCAGCCUAUUAACUUGAUUUUUAGAUACUUGCAAAAUAGAUCCAGGAUCUCUGUAUGGCUUUAUGAACAAGUUAAUCUCAGGAUAGAAGGAUGCAUUGUUGGUUUUGACGAAUACAUGAAUCUUGUUUUGGAUGACGCAGAGGAAGUUCACAUGAAAACAGGCAACAGGAAAACACUGAAUCGGAUAAUGCUAAAAGGAGACAACAUCACUUUGAUCCAGCAGGUACAAACCCCGGAGGAGCAGACAACCGGUACUACUACAACGUGAUUACUGACUUAAUUCUAGACAGGAAAACAAACUGAAAACAAUCAUCACUGUCACUGACACGAGUACAGCUCACUGUACGGACAACUUAUUUUGUAUCUGUUUCGUAGGACCUGGUGCUUAAUAACAUCCAUUAAAAUGUUAACCGUUUAAUAAAUCGUGUAUUUGGUUGAUCUACACGGCAUUGAAGUAAUUUUGUUUUAACCUGUGGAAAUGAUGAACAUGUUUAUUUGGGAAUUGAUAUUCUACAGGAUAAAAGCUUGAGUUUUAUUUUGUCUUUAGGGUUUUUUUUAAAUUCAUCAUCAAAUGCAUUACUCAUCUUUCAUGCUACAAAUUUGUGUCAUUUGUGUGUACUUGUUGAAUAAAAACAAGACAAAAUACAUUUGUUAAA